AGGCUGGCUCCAAGGCUGGUGUCGGUGCUGGAAGGCUGGCCGCAGGCUGCUGCUGGCGCUGGGAAGGCUGUCUCCAAGGCUGGCUCCAUCCCGGUGACCUCCCUGCUCCCUGCAGCCUCCCGGCUGAGCCCAUCACGUGGCCGGGAAAGGUGCAAAGUCCAGGGGCAGGACGGCGGCCCAGGGAAGGCAGCCGGCUGCCAAAUGGAGCGGCUGCUCUUCCUCCUGGCUGUGCUGCAGCUCCUGGCUGCCACCGCUGCUGUGUACAAGCAGUGGAUCCCCAACACCAAUUUCGAAACCGCCUCCAACUGGGAUAAAGGCAGAGUUCCCUGUGCCAGGGAUGUGGUUCACUUUGAGAAGGACAAGGUCGUCUCAGUCUUUGUCAGGUCUCCCCAUGCACUGACAGACAUGUACCUGCCCCUGAGUGGAGAAUUCGUGCUGGCAGCUGGUGCAGCGUUCACAGCUUUCGAUGGCAGCUGGGAUCCAGGCUGUGACUCAGGUGGAACAGUGAGGUUUGCUGAUGCUGAGCACCAUGCCUGGUUUGACCCCACGCUGUGGCAGGAUGUUCUCCCCGGCGGGGAGCUGAAGGCAGCUGGGCCCGUGUUUUCUGUGGACGAGGAGCGCGUCCCGUGCCGCUACGAUGAUGUUAUCUUCCAGCCCCAGACCUCCUUCCGCGUCGACACCGACUCCUCUCAGCCCGUCAUUCACCUCCGCAGCGUCUCUGUCAUGGGCCAGGAGCUGAACACCCCAUCAUCCUGGGCCGCGUACCUGGGGGGCCCCUCUGCCCCGCUGCAGUUCCAUGGCAAUGGCACUCUCCAGGUGACAGGCACUGGCUGUCCUGACAAGUCUGGCUGUGCCUGUGGGAACACCCUGGAUGGCCCCCGCAUCUGCGCAGCCCUGCUCAGGGCGUCGGGGAGGCAGUGCCCAGAGCCAGCCUGCCAGAGCCCUCUGCAGCCCCUUGGCCACUGCUGCGGGGUCUGUGGGGCCACCAUUAACCUGGAUUUCACUCCUGAUUUUGACCUGCAGAAGUACCAGGACAGAUUGGUCCAGGAGCUGCUGAGCCAGCCCAAGUACGCCGGCGUGCAGAUGGCCAUCUCCAAGGUGCACAAAGCACAGACGUUCCUGGGCGUGCUGCCCCGAGGCGCCACUCCUCUCAUCCAGAUCGUGCUGGUUGAUGACAGAGCAGGAGGGCAGGCGGGCACGGCGGCAGAGCAGCUGGCAGCAGACAUCAUGGAGAGCAUAGCACAGCACGGCGAAGCUCUUGGCAUUUCAAGUGGCAAGAUGGAAGUGGCCGCUGGCAGCACUGCCAGUGGGCAAGUGGGGAGCCACCCAGUGAGCAGGAUCACAGCAGGGACCGUCAUGGGGCUACUCUUCAGUCUCCUGCUCCUUGGAGGGAUCCUCUUUCUCUACAGAAAGGGAAAGCUGAGGUUUCCUGCCCUGGCCCUGCCCCAGCCCUGGCACAGGCUGGAGGAGCCGGCUGCCCCCGCGCCAAACAGCGACCAGGGCUUUGACAACCCUGUGUUCAGCGUGGAGCCUCCAGAUGCUGACCUUGGAGAGGAGACACCAAAAGAUCUCCAGGUUUUCUACCUCAACCCUCUGUACGAUGCAAGUGAGACAGAGACCUGAUGGUGUGACUCGUGCUGGGGGCAGACAGCACUGCCCUGGGGGCACCACCACCCCCCAGCCCCCACAGCCCCUCACAUCACUCCUGGUGGGAUUUAAAUCCCACAUCACUCCUGGUGGGAUUUAAGCCAGAAGCAGAUUCCACCUGAAUAAAAGUGUCUGUGCAGUGGAGGAAACCAAACCAACCUUCACUGUUGGGAUUCAGUCACAUGGACAUGGCCUCCCU